AUGACUUUUAGUAUCAAAAGGAAGCAUAGAGAAGUAUUUAGAGAUGAAGAUGAUGAAGUAACUGAUUCUUCAGGGAAAAAGAUCAAAUUAGAUUCAAUAUUCCAAAAUUUAUCGAUAUCAGAAUCCAAAUCUUCAAAACAACCGGAAGAAAAGAAAAAUACUUGCUUUGUAAUCAAUCCUGGUAUAACUACAAAAUAUGGUGGAAUUCAUAAGAGGGUCCCUUCUGGACUGACAAUACCUCGAAGUCUUCUGAUCAAUUCGUUUCUAAAUGAAAGAUUGAAUGAACAUCUAAAUGAGUUGCUAAUUAAAUCAUUAUCAUUAGUACAUUGGUAUGAUUAUCGGUUCUUGGUGAUUUAUUGGUAUCAAAAAUGGUUUAUUAAAUUAUUUAAUCGAUUUGUACGAAAAUAUAAUGAACGUAAUGGAACUUCAAUUCCUCGUUUUAAAACUUAUGACAAGAUUUUACAACUUGUCAAUGACAAUAUGUUGAGUUCAGUGGAUUUAUUCAAUAUAAUUUCACAGGAGAAUGAAUUAGAAAUUCAUAGACUACGAGUUAAACAAGAGAAGAGGGAAUUGAGAAAAGGAGCCGAAGACUCUAAAUCAGAACAAGAAAUAUAUGGCAAUAUUAAAUAUGAUUAUUGGGAUACCAUACAUUUUGAUCCUGAUUUGGAAAUGUUGGAUCGUCCGGCCCCAACUCCAAAAGUGGUUGAAUUGAAAGAAGAUCACGAAAGCGAUCUAGCUAUGGAUCUUGAUGAUGAUGAUGUUGAUAUGGGUGAUUCUAAUGUUUAUUAUCAAUCAAAUUAUGGAUCUUAUUAUACCGAUUACGGAGCUGGUGGAAUGACAUCAUAG